AUGCCAGGACCCAGCAAAGUCCGCAGGUUCUGGGACCCCGUCGACAUCAGUCGGGACAUCCAGCACGUCCGGGGUCGCCAACGCCGCGAGCAACGUAUUCUGCGCCUGCUCGAUGGCAUCGGCUUCAGCUGGCGCGUCUAUGCCGUUGCGUUUCUAGGCUUCCUGGCCUCGAGCUGGAGCCUGAUCGCCGUCGGUAUCGUGUCACCUGCGCUCUACUUUGUCUACCCCCCCGAAGGCCGGCUCAGCCACAGCGGCGAUGUGGCCCAAAUCCUCGACAUCGUGACGCUCGUGGCCACCGUCUGUGGCAUGGUCAUCUUUGGCCAUCUUGCCGACCGCUUCGGCCGCAGCUCGCUGUACGGCUUCGAGCUGCUGAUCGUUCUGUCCGCUGUCGGCGGUGCUGCCUUUUCGUCGGAAGGGUACAUGGUCGCGAGGAACCAGGACUCGUCCGUCUACAGCAGCUCGAUGGACAUCUACGCCUCGCUGACGUGGUGGCGCUUCGCCCUCGGCUUCGGUCUCGGUGCCGAGUACCCUAUGUCGGCCGUCAUCGCGGCCGAGUUCUCGUCCACUGCCGGUCGCGGGUCCCUGCUCGCCGCUGUCUUCCUUGCCCAGGCCAUCGGCCGCGUACUUGCCUAUGGCCUCGGCUUGGGCGUGCUCCACGGUCUGCAGGGGACCACGAUGACCCCCGGUUUGAUCGGUACCGAGGCAGACAGGAUCAUGAUGGACAAGCUUUGGCGUCUAGUGCUCGGCCUAGCCGGCAUCCCCGCCAUAUUCGCCAUCUUCCUGCGUCUUUUCAUCCCCGAGACCCCGCGGUACUACUCCGCCGUGGAGCGUGACCUCGUCAAAGCCCGCGAGGCCGUUCUUAAGGUCGGGGCGCGGUCACCGAGUAUCGGUGCGGCCGGGGGCGCUGGCUUUGACGCGGAGAACGCCGAGUCAAUCAACUCCGACGUUCUAGACGACAGCGAUGAGGCCCGCGCAACACGCCCGUCCUGGGGUCGGCGGGCGUAUGCCUACUUCUUCGGGCCCUCCAAGGGUUGGAAGCCGUUAGUUGCCAUCUCCGUCCAAUGGUUGCUCCUCGACAUCGUCUUCUACGGCACUGGCUUCGACAGCCCUGGCACCCUCGCCGCGCUGUGGCUAGAGAAGGACCCGGAAGGCAACGACGCCUUCUUCUCUGCCAAGUACGAAGGCUUCGGCGUCUGGAAAGACGACUACGCCUACCCGAACGCCACCAUCACUGAGACCAUGGACCGCAACCUUGUCCGCACCCUCGAGAUCUCCUCCAUCGCCGCCAUCCUCGGCAGCCUAGCCAUCCUCCUGCUCAUCAACCGGCUCUCGCGCCGCACCCACUACCUUUUGACCACCGGCGCCCUAACCGUCCUCUUUGCCGCCACGACUGUCUCAGUCUCGCAGACGUACGCAAAGCAGAGCCACUGGGCCAGCAUCGUCUUCUACGCGGUGACCCAGUUCCUCUUCAACCUCGGCCCCAACACACUGACCUUCAUCCUCGCGGCCGAGGCGUUCCCCACCGAGUUCCGCGGGACCUGCUACGGCCUGGCCGCCGCUGCCGGGAAGAUCGGGGCCAUCAUCGUGCGGCCGAUUACCGAAGUCGCGGGCAAAAGUCAUACCAACCUGGUGAAUUUGCUCGCCGGCUUCACCGGGGCAUUAGCACUAAUGACGAUCCUCGCGUGGUGGGAACCCGGCGGCGUGGCCUUGCCGCGGGUGCAGCACCGGAGGGGCAAAAUGCAAGGGUUUGGGCCGGAGCUGCAGAAUUUGAGCCUGGAGGAGAUUGCGCCGUGGCCGGUGAAAGAGAGAGCCGAGACGGAGAGUCUGGAGGGAAGUGAGGAGGAAAUGGGGCAUACACAUCCACAUAUGCAUAGUGGGGAGGAGGUUGAAGAUGGAGGGUUUCAAGGUGAAGUGCAUGGGGACAUAGGUCGAAGUGACCGGGAGGUUCCUCGCGGUCUAGGGGUGGAUCAUGGUGAGAGGGGGGCGAUGCCGGAGUUUCGGUUGCCAGAGCCGCAUUGGGCGGCGGAUGCGCGGGUGUAG